UUGGCUAGUAGUGUUUUGUUUUGGUGGUUUGAAAAUUAUAUUUAUAAAUGCUUAUAAAAAUAGCUAUGAAGUCAACAUAAAGUUUAUGCAUUAAUUUAAAGAACACAAAUGUGAGCUUAUAUUUAUUCAUGAUAAACUUGCAGGAUAUAGUUAAAGGGCGUGAUUCGAUAUUAAGAUGCGCGGUCAUUUACCUUAAAGGCUGUAAACAUUGAUCUGUUUAAACGCCUAUAAAUCUAUGAAAAUGAAAAAAUCUAGUGAUGAUUAAUUUAUUCCUUAUAUUAUAAGAGUUCGAAAAUAUCUAUAAAACAUCAAAGAUGCAGAAGAAGGAAGAGAGUUUUGAACAGAAAAAGUUAGAUCUGGAGGUAUGGCUACAAAGGAUGGAAUCAAGAAUUGCCAGUAUUGCUCCAGUGGGUCAUACAGCUGAUGUUUUAGAGUUACAGAUAAGGGAACAAAAAGGUUUACAUGCCGAAUUGCAUCAAUUUAAAGCACAAAUAGAGUCAUUUCAACAAAUUACUCAAAGACUGAUUACUGCACAUCAACAUGAAGAUAUAAGUCGCUACAAAAAGGCAGCUGAAUAUAUCAAUCAACAUUACUUACGCUUAGAUGCUUGUAUUGUUAAUCGCGGAAAACUAUUACAUUCAGCUUUAAGCUCACUACAAAACUUUGAUAGAUCAUUAGAUAAAUUCUUAGCAUGGCUUAGUGAAGUUGAAUCUGUUGUGGAAACCUUGGAAGGGGAUACAGAAUCAAGAAGAGCCGCCCAUCAGCUUAAAGAAAUUCAAGCUGAUAUUGAACGACAAGCACCAACUCAUGCUGCUUUAAGAUCAUCGAAUUUAGCUCUUUUAGGUACUUUAUCUCCUGAAGAUGCUCUUAUGGUACAAUUGCGUGGAGAUGAGAUGGAGAGAAGGUGGCAGGCUCUAAAAACUCAUACAGCUGACCUAAGGAACCGUUUAGAGCACAAUGCUGAUUAUUGGAACACAGUAUUAUUAUCACUAAGAGAACUCACAGAAUGGGUUAUCAGAAAAGAUACUGAACUUGGUUUAGCUGCUAGACAAGACGAUCACAGGGCUUUUAGACAACAACUUGAGGACAAGAGACCCUUGGUUGAAGCCAGUUUAAGAAGUGCUAGGCAGUUUGUUGCAGGUGAUCCAUCAGGAGAAUUAGCUAGAAACUUGAGGAGAGAACUUGUUAAGCUUUCCGAUAAAUGGAAUGCUCUCAUUGACAAAUCUGAUAAAUUAGCAGCUAAAUUUGAACAAAACUCUAUUAAACUCAAGCAGCUGACCCUCAAUCUGGAAGAGGCUUGUUCAGCAGUCUCACGUUUGGAAAGAGCUACAUUAACUUGGAGUGGUCCAAGAAGUGCAGCAGAGGCUAGAGAAUUACUGAGCAAUUUGAGAAUUUUGGAGCAACAGUUGCCCCCUCUUCAAAGGUCUUUGGAGGAGGCUAGAAUUCAGGCCACAAGUUUAAGUAAUGCUUUGCCCAAUAAUUUAGCUAGCCAAUUGGAGGACUGUGCUGCCAGGUGUAGAGCAUUACAAGCUGCAAUAAGGGAAAGGAGAGAAGUUUUAACUAGCAGUUCUCAAGGAGAAAUAUCACCUGGACCUUCCAGUGUCCAACCACCAUGGGAACGCGCUACAACACCCAACAAAGUACCAUACUACAUAAACCACAGCACUGAAACUACACACUGGGAUCAUCCACAAAUGUUGGAAUUGGCCAUAUGUUUGUUACAAUUAAAUGAAGUUCGAUAUUCUGCGUACAGGACAGCUUUAAAAUUACGGACAAUACAAAAGAAGCUGUGUUUAGACAUUGUCAAUAUUAGUACAGUGUCUGAAGCUUUUGAUUUGCAUGGAUUGAGGGCACAAAAUGAUAAAAUUUUAGAUGUGGCAGAUAUGAUACUAGUUCUCAGAGCAAUUUAUGGAAAUAUCGCAUCACAAGAACAAGCUAUUAUAGAUGUUCCACUAUGUGUAGAUUUAGCUUUAAACUGGCUGCUAAAUGUUUAUGAUAGUCAGCGCACAGGGCAACUUAGAGUACUUAGUUUUAAGGUUGGGUUAACAUUGCUGUCAAGAGGUCACUUGGAAGACAAAUACAGAUAUUUAUUUAGGCUGAUUGCUGAUCCCCAGCAAAAAGCUGAUCAAAGGAAGCUGGGACUGCUUCUACAUGAUAUUUUGCAGGUACCCAGACAGCUUGGAGAGGUCGCUGCUUUUGGUGGGUCUAAUAUUGAACCCAGCGUCAGAAGUUGUUUAGGAGAGAGGGAAGACUUAGAAGCAGCACAUUUCUUAGCCUGGUUAAAACAAGAGCCACAAUCCUUGGUCUGGCUUCCGGUUCUACACCGAAUCGCAGCAGCGGAAAGUGCACGUCACCAAGCGAAAUGCAACUCCUGCAAGCAGUAUCCCAUCACCGGUCUGCGAUACCGCUGCUUGAAGUGCUUCAAUUUCGACAUGUGUCAGACCUGCUUCUUUUCCGGAAAGUUGACCAAGGGACACAAGUUGACCCAUCCGAUGCACGAAUAUUGCGCCGCAACGACUUCUAUCGAGGAUAUGAGAGAUUUUACGAAAGCUCUGAAGAACAAGUUUAAGAGUAAAAGGUACUUUAUGAAGCACCCUCGUAUGGGAUAUCUUCCAGUUAGGUCGGUUUUGGAAGGGGAUGAGUUGGAGAGUCCAGUGGCUUCGCCUCAACAUAAUGAUAUGCAUUCAAGGUUGGAAAUAUACGCUUCACGAUUGGCGGAAGUGGAACUGAGGGCCGCAUCUCCAGAUGACGAACACAGACUUAUUGCGGACUACUGUCACUCGCUAGAGGGCGCACCUGCUAGUCCUGGGCAAUUAAUGCUGGUCAUCGACGAAGAACAACGAGCUGAACUUCAGGAAAUGAUCAGAGAACUGGAGGUGGAGAAUCAGGCUCUGAGAUCAGAAUACGAACAACUUCAGAGAGGUGCCAAUCCUCAUCCUCCUCAGCAGCCUCAUCACGAUGUUUUGGCUGAAGCCAGACUACUGAGACAACACAAAGGCCGUCUGGAAGCUCGUAUGCAAAUUCUAGAAGACCACAACAGACAGUUAGAGGCCCAGUUGCAAAGACUGAGACAGCUACUCGACGAAACACCUACAGCAACUCUGCAAACCAGAAGCGUCACUGCCUCCCAACUAAAUCAGGACAUACCAGGUAGGGUAAACCAGCCACCACCACCAGCAGACCUACGCUAAAUUUUAUGAAAUUAUAGAUAAAAAAUUUGAAAAAAAAAGAUAUUUAUACUUGAAAAUAAUUUAUGAAGUGAAGACGAAGGUUACAUGUGAGUAAAAUGUUUUCUCUGGACGAAAUCAAUGUAUAAAAUUAAAAAUAGUUAGGAGCUUUUAGGCUAAGCUAACAUUGGAAGACCUAAGAUAGCUUGUAGAUAUUGCUGAUGUAACUACGAAAAAAAAAGAAAUAAACGAAAUUUCAUAUCAUUGUGAAGUUAAGGCUAUUAUCAUCUUGAUAAAUUGAAUGAAUGUUUUUAAAAUAUAUAAACCCUAAGACAAGGACUACGCAGAGAUGGUGUAAUUAGAGAGUAUACUAAGCGUAGAGAUAUCAUUUCAGUUUGAGCUGCGCUAUAUUUAUUGCGGAAGUUCUUGACAGUGACAGCUGUCUGUAAUUUAUUUUAAAGCAUUUACCUACAGAAAGAAUUGACUCUGCUUUCUUCAGUAAUAAAAAAAUAUUUUCUACUCCUAUUCAAAAUACAAGCUACCUUUGAAUUGAAAUGAUAGACAACAAUUGGUACCUGUGAUUCUUUCUGUCAUUGGACCGACUAUACAGAUACUUACAUAGGGACAAAGAUAUGUACUACCACAGCCCGACUCUACUUAACAAGCCGUGAACAACCAUUUGGCAACGCCGCAACCGGCAAGAGAUUCAGAUCGGUUUCUAGCGAGCGCGAAUGCGCGACGGGCCGUUUUACCGGCUAUCGAGGCGCGUAUUUUUAAAUUAAUUUAAGGUUUGCUCAUAUUUGCCACAUAAAACUAAAAAAAAAUUGCCACAUUACUUGUCAAAAACAGUCUCUGUUCCCCGAAAAAGUCAUGCUGAAAGAACCAAAGAAAUGCUUAAAUUGCUCACUUCGAUCUUGCAUUUCUUUGGUUCUUCCAGCAGGACUUUUUCGGGAAACAGGAACUGUUUUUGACAAGUAAUGUGGCAAAUUUGGAAAGAUACUAAGGCACUGUAUUUAACUUUAGUCUAGUUUUAGUAGGUACCUUUUGCAUUGAUCCAUCAGUAAGACUUUUCACAACUUUAGUCUUUAACUGAACAAUAUUUUCUUUCAAAAAUGCGGAUUUAUUUACAAAAACAUGCAACAUGCCAAUGGACUGCCAGAUUUCCUUGUUCACGGCUUGUUAAGUAGAGUCGGGCUGUUGUACUACACAUAGUAAAGCUUAAAAACCGAAAUGUUUUUUCUAUACCCACUAUAAUCUGGUUUUUAUUUCAUCGAUUGUAUUAUGUAAUUGAUUACACUUGGGUUAUGGACUGCUGUAAUAGUAAUCUAUUAUCAUUAAAUCUGAUUGAGCAUUUUACAUUUAUUUUUACCCAUCUCUGAAGGUAAGUCAAUAAGUUUUUAUAAAUUUUGUAAAUUUGAUUUUAAAGUAGUAGGUACUACAUUCAAAAUGGACUUCCAAAACUGCUUAACUUUUCCAAAUUGUUUAUUUUAAUGUAUAUUUCUAUAGUAAUUUAAAAGAUUUCUGAUACUCAUUCAAAAUAAAACAUGAAAAAAAUCAAUAAGUCAUAUUUUAAACAUCAUUAAAAUUUAUUGACAUAGUCCUGUACUUAAGUAACUAGUAUACUUUCAUUAUUAUCUAGUGCUUCCAUAAUUAAUUUAAGCUUUUGCUUUAAAGACAAUCCUUUUUUAACGACUAGUUUUAUUUAUUUUUUUAUACUGGCUUAGCAAUUUAUUAAAAAUAAAUAAUAAAUUUAUUAAACCUCAGGAAAAAUGGAAGCAGGAAGCGCGUUAACAAUAAUUUCGUUUAAUUGCGCAAUUAACAACAAUAAAUCACCGCACAUUAUAUCAUUAUUUAUUUCAUGACAUAAUAUAUUGUAUUGUAAUUUUAUUCUAUUACUUUGAAGCAGCACACUAUAAUAAUUAUACAGGGACAAAGAUUAUCUUUUUGUAAUAUUUUUAAAGCUUUCAAUAAUUAACAAUUUUAACUUUUUUAUCAAUAUAUGCUUAUAAUUUGAGAACUACUUACUGUAAAUUUUUAUUUAUAUUUUGAGAGGGUUAUAUCUGAAAUUAUAAUAAUGUUGAAAUUUAUACUCGUAUACUGUCGCGUUGCUAACUUAAAAUAACUUAUUGUUGUUUUUGUAAAGGUGUUUCCCUUAAUCCUACUGCAAUAAUUAGCUAUUUAAUUAAACAGAUACAUAUAAUAUAUACUAUAAAGAACAUUUACAAAAACAAUUAUAAGUAUAGUUGAAUUUCAAUCUUAGUAUUAGUAAUAAAAAAUAUAAGAACUUUGACAGUAACUAUUUCUAUUGUGGGAUGUCACAUUAGCUGUCAAAUGAGUUAGUAAUGGUGAAAAUAGCGCUGGGGUGAUUACUAACUGAGUAUGUCAUAUUUAAGUCAUAGUGUUAACAUACUUCAAAUGUCAAAUGUCGAAAUAGUGAAAAUUUCUGUAAUUUCUAUUAUAUGAUAUAAAGAUUGAGGCUUUAAAUUAGAAUGCAAAAAUACACCCUAAAGAUUGAAAUUUGACUAAAUAAGUAUAUUUAUAUAAUUUAUAUUUGAAUCAGUAUUAAAUAACCACUGCUAUUAAUAUCAGGGAGUCACAAAAAACUCUAACAAAUAUCCCAAUAGGUAUUUAGGAAGUUUUAGAUUAGUAAUAUGAACAUAUCAACAAAAUGCGUUUAGUUUAGAGACUUAAGUUAGGCGAGUUAGUACGGCAGCUUGUGUGCUAAGUACAAAAUAGACUUGUGACAAAAUACUCGAAAAAAUAGACCAAAAUUUAAUAAUGUCAUAUUAAAUAAAAACGGAUGAUUUGUUUUUAAUUAUAUUAAAUUAAGUUUUGGUCUAAAAUUUACGAAUCAUCCCAUCAUCGUGACCCGAAUCAUAUCAUUUGAAACAUUUCAUUUUAGAAUGUGCUAAGAGUAUAUUUUGGUUUUGUAAUUUGUUUAUAUAUUGUUAGUGUUUGCUACGUAACAAUACAUUAAUCGUGUAUUCGCAUAAUAAAGCAAAAGGAAUUUA